AUGUUCAAGUCAAAGUUCUUCAGCCUCGUCUCCUUGACUCUCUUACCCUUCGCUCUUGCGCAAUCCGAAUACACAAACCUCCCAGAAGUACCACCAGGUGUCUUCAGUGCAAGCGCGCGCACUGAGAUCAGAACCACUGUCGACGCUGCCUGGGAUGCACUCACCGACUUCCCCAACUACGGAGCCUGGAACCCCUUUGUGCGCUAUGCCCUCGUCACUUCAGCCAAGAACAUCUCUCUGCCCGACCAGCGGGCUGUCGAAGGCAACUACCUGUUCUUCCGAGUGCAAAUUCCUCCGCUCCCGUUGCCGGUGAAUGAGGACACACCAGACAAUAUUUUGCAUACGCAGUUUGCAAUCGAGCGCAUAACUCAUGUGCAGCCGGAAUUGGGAAGGCUGGCGUGGGAUUUCUUGGCGGAAAUUGCUGUCAAAUCAACGCGAUGGCAGGCGGUCAGUGAUAUCGGGAAUGGCACCGUCUUGUACGAGUCUCAUGAGGAAUUUAAUGGGCCGUUGGCGGGAAUAUUGAAGGCGACGAUGGGAGAGAGUUUGCAAGAAUCUUUUGUAGCACAAGGAGAGGGACUGAAGUUGUACCUUGAGGGCAAGUAA